AUGUCAAAAGGCACAGUGGUUUUGGCCUACAGUGGUGGUCUGGAUACAUCCUGCAUCCUGGUUUGGCUCAAAGAGCAAGGUUAUGAUGUCAUUGCCUAUCUGGCUAACAUUGGACAAGCUGAAGACUUUGAUGCUGCAAGGAAGAAAGCAGAGAGUCUUGGAGCAAAGAAGGUGUUCAUUGAGGAUCUGCAGACAGAAUUUGUGGAGGAAUUUAUCUGGCCCUCUGUGCAGGCCAAUGCCAUCUAUGAGGAUCGCUACCUCCUUGGCACCUCCAUUGCCCGUCCUUGUAUUGCCCGCCGCCAAGUUCAGAUUGCCCGCCAAGAAGGUGCCCAGUAUGUUUCCCAUGGUGCCACAGGAAAGGGAAAUGACCAAAUCCGAUUUGAGCUGACGUGUUAUGCUCUAUACCCUGAAGUGAAAAUUAUCUCCCCGUGGAGAAUUCCAGAGUUCUACAAUCGUUUCCAGGGAAGAAAGGAUCUGAUGGAGUAUGCUGAGAAACAUGGCAUCCCAGUCCCAGUCACCCCAAAGGCCCCAUGGAGUAUGGAUGCCAACCUCAUGCACAUAAGCUAUGAGUCGGGAAUUCUGGAGAAUCCUAAGAACCAUGCUCCAUCUGAUCUGUACUUAAUGACCAAAAACCCUGAAGAUGCCCCCAGUGUCCCAGAUAUACUGGAGAUUGAGUUCAGAAAAGGUGUACCAGUCAGGGUAACUCACCUGAAGGAAAGCACUUCCAAGGAGACUCCACUUGAGAUCUUUACCUAUCUCAAUGAGAUUGGAGGAAAGCAUGGAGUUGGCAGGAUCGACAUUGUGGAGAACCGCUAUAUUGGAAUGAAGUCCAGAGGUAUCUACGAGACCCCUGGAGGCACCAUCCUGUACCACACUCACCUUGACAUUGAGGCCUUCACAAUGGACCGUGAAGUUAGGAAGAUCAAACAGGGCCUGGGAAUCAAGUUCUCUGAGCUCAUCUAUAAUGGAUUCUGGUACAGCCCUGAGUGCGAGUUUGUCCGCCACUGCAUCAACAAGUCUCAGGAGACUGUGGAAGGCAAAGUGCAACUGUCCGUUUUCAGGGGCCAAGUCUACAUCCUUGGCCGUGAGUCACCCAAAUCACUCUACAAUGAAGAACUGGUCAGCAUGGAUGUACAGGGAGACUAUGAUCCCGGAGAUGCAUCCGGAUUCAUCAGGAUCAAUGCAGUCAGGCUCAGAGAACAUCACCGCUUGCAAGGAGCAGCUCAGCAGAAGUACUGA